CCAGAGCCUUCAGCCUAAUGAGCGCCACGAUGAAACUGAAGCAAGGAUCGUUUCUGUGGUACCUCUAUCUGGACAAGCUGUACUGCCUGUUAUCCGUGAGGAACGUGAAGGCCUUGCUGGAGUAUUUUCACCUUCUUGACGUCCACCACAACAACACCUUGAAUGAUGUGCUGUUCUAUCACUUCCUUCACCACGUGACCAGCUGGAAACGGACACAGAUCAUGACUGUGUUUAACAUGCUGGACUGGAACGCUAUGGGCGAGAUCGGUUUUGACCAGUUCUACAUGUUGGUCUGCAUCCUGCUAGCACAACAGGCGAGUAACAAGUCAGGAUCUGGGGCAGAGGAGGCAGAGUGUGGCUGCCGCCACCAUCCUGCUAAAG